UGCGGCCCGAGGGGCGGGCGGUAAAUGGGGCUGUGCCGGGGGUAGCGGGAGCGGCGGCGGCGGCGGCGGGGCCUUGGCCGCGCAGGUGAUAAAUCCAAAGGGCCUGAGGACACUCUGAAAACACCAAAAAGUGCCAGCCCUUUAUUUGGAAUACACGUUAUGAACCCUUUCUGGAGCAUGUCUACAGGUUCUGUGCGCAAGAGAUCUGACACUGAAGAGAAAGCAUUGAGUGGAGAGCUCCGAACCAGUCCCCUGCGAGCCUCUGCAAAGAAACAGUUGCCUUCUAUCCCAAAGAAUGCAGUGCCAAUAACCAAGCCUGCUUCACCUGCCACCUCCUCCCAGUCCACAAAUGGAACACAUGCUUCUUAUGGGCCCUUUUAUUUGGAAUACUCUCUACUUGCAGAAUUUACCUUGGUGGUGAAGCAGAAGCUGCCAGGUGUCUACGUGCAGCCCUCCUACCGAUCAGCUUUAAUGUGGUUUGGUGUGAUAUUCAUAAGACAUGGGCUCUACCAGGAUGGUGUGUUUAAGUUCACUGUCUAUAUUCCUGAUAAUUACCCAGAUGGAGACUGCCCGCGCUUGGUUUUCGACCUGCCUGUCUUCCACCCACUAGUGGACCCUGUAUCUGGUGAACUGGAUGUGAAAAGAGCAUUUGCAAAAUGGAGGAGAAAUCAUAAUCACAUAUGGCAAGUGUUAAUGUACGCUCGCAGAGUCUUCUACAAGAUUGAUACAACCAGUCCUCUGAACCCUGAGGCUGCAGUGCUGUAUGAAAAGGAUGUUCAGCUAUUCAAAAGUAAAGUGGUAGACAGUGUCAAACUAUGCAGUAGUCAUUUAUUUGAUCAGCCCAAAAUAGAGGACCCCUAUGCAAUCAUUUUUUCUCCAUGGAAUCCAGCUAUACAUGAUGAAGCUAGAGAGAAGAUGUUGACUCAGAAGAAGAAGCCGGAAGAUCAGCACUGUAAAAGCAUGCACGUCUCUGGCCUGUCCUGGGUGAAGCCUGGCUCGGUGCAGCCCUUCAGCAAAGAAGAGAAGACGAUGCCCACUUAGCUGUCCUGGACACUGGUGCACAGAACACUUUCUGGGGGUGGAGGGAAUGGAACGGAGGGAGAAACAGCAAAGCAGCAGUUUCCUUCUUGACUACGGAUUAGUAAAACCCGAAUGGUAGCAGUGACUCCAGUAAACCUGUUCAAUGGAUUACUGACUCUUAAUGUUUUACAUAUGCAUUAGGUUUUAAAGGCUUGCCUGGAGUUUGGAAGUCUCUUUUGAACACUACAGUGCUUCUACCUGAAGACUGUCUAGGAUGGGUAAUUCCUCAGGGCUCUGAAAUGCCUGGAGGUUUUGGGUUGGUUUUUAAGCUUUUAUUUUUUUCCCUCCAGGAAUAGCAAUUUUUUAAGAAGAAUCUUAAAUUACUGGCGGAAAUAUUAGUAUUGGAAAUACGAUGCCAGAGUUAAGCUGUGUUCAUGUAAACUAAUAUAGCAGAGUUAAACACUAUAUUUAAUGGUUUUAAAUACUUUUGGUUUCUAUUGUAAAUAUGUUAGGAUUUGAAAUUGUAAAUAGACGGUUCAUUGACUCCAUUUAGCACUUUCCAGAAGUAAAGCUGGGGAUGAUGUAUGAUGUAUUAUUGAUUUGUAAAUGGAUACUGUCACUAAAGCACACAUUAGUCUGACAGGGUGAAAGCAGAAUGUCAGCCUUGUUAGACUUUUUGUACAGAAACACUAAAAUCAAAGCUUUUAAUGGUUGUCUCUUGAGCUAAUAAAGUCUUAGAGGGUUUUAGAUUUCCCUAGGUGUCCAGGGCAUUUCUUAGGAUAUCUUGACUAAUGUGUGUUAAUAGUGACAUCUUAAACUGAAUGUGCUCUAGCUUUUGUCCCUGUUAGUCUGUGCUGUGGACACUUAGUGAAGAGUGGGAGCACCUGGCCACACAGGUACUUGUCUGCAUAGGUGUUUGUGAUGCUCGUGGGGUGUACAGAAGGGACUCGUGUUCCACACACAGGAAAACCUCUCCAAAGUUUGAGUGAACUUGGGGCACAGUCCUCCUAAUGCCCCAGCCUGGUGUGAUGCCUUUUCUUGCCUCCCAGGACUGUCCUAAUCAAAACCUGUAGUGUUAACCCCUUGGAGCUGGGCUGCUUUUUCUUUGACUCCCUUUGUACUCCUGGCAUUAGUGCCAACCAACUGCCUUGGAACACCCUGUAGUGGUGUUUUGGGAGGGUGGGCAGUGAUGUGGGGUUUGUGUUGAGUCUUUUUGGGUUUUGUUUUUAGCUGACACGUUAAAUUCACUGGUCACUUGCAAACUGUUCUCUUUGAAAACAACUUCUUGGCUUCUAAGGAGAUAGACAAUUUCCCAGUAGUGUCACGCAGUCAAUGACAGAAAAACCAGAUGGUUUUGUGGCACUUGCUUCCAUCGGUGUUCUGAGUGACAUUAAUGUCCCAAGAGCCUCAGUAUUCUGGACACCUGGCAGGUUAUGAGGAAUUGAAAGCACCUAAGAAUUGCCACUGCCUGAUCAGAUUUGCAGUAGAAGACAGGAAUGGAGGAACUGAUUUGAGGGUGAGUUUGUAUUGCCUGGAAAAGUGCUGCUGCAUGCCUUUCAAAGAAAGGAUGUGGGAAAAGUUUGAGGGUGCUUGUACUGGCCUGGAAUGUUGCCACUAAAAUACUGUGAAAUGA